GCGUACUGCGCAGGCAGGGGGCAGGGGCACCUCAUCCCUUUUCUUGCUUUGUGCUUCUCUCGUACGCGUCCAUAUUUUCAUUUUCAUUUUUAUCAAUUUCACAUUGAUUUCCCACUCUCUCCAUUUUUAGAACCCUGGCUGGUCGGGCUCCUAUUCCAGCUGGAUUACAGUGCAUUCUUAGCUUGUAAGAAUGAAUGUAUAAACUGUUUAUGCAUCUCUCACCUCACCACUCUCUGCUUUUGGGAAUUCCUUCAAUUUUACUAUUAUCGCUCUGCGCCUGUCUGGGGGCAAUUAAUUUCUUUCUUCUUCUUCUUCUUCUUCUUCAUAUUUAGGUAUUUUGUUGUAUUGGGUUUUCCUUCAUUUCUUUUCUUGGUGUGUUUUUUUUUGCGAAUGUUGUUGGGGGUUGGGAGGUUACGCUGUGUGCUUAACCCCAAGAUUCAGUUUUUAGUGCUAAAGGCGUCUCAUUUUAGAGGGUUUUAUUGAUUCUUGGCGCGGAAAGGCGGCUGAAUCCCCUUUGAGGCCUGAUUUCGGUCGGAUAUACUGGUUUCCCAGCUUUGGUGUGGGAGAGAUGAAUACAGCAGGGAGACUUAUUGCUGGUUCUCACAAUAGGAAUGAGUUUGUGCUCAUUAAUGCCGAUGAAAUUGGAAGAAUAAAGUCGGUGCGAGAAUUAAGUGGCCAAAUAUGCCAGAUUUGCGGGGAUGAAAUUGAAAUUACUGUAGAUGGAGAGCUCUUUGUCGCAUGCAAUGAAUGUGCCUUCCCUGUUUGCAGACCUUGCUAUGAGUAUGAAAGAAGAGAGGGAAGUCAGGCCUGCCCCCAGUGUAAAACUAGAUAUAAGCGCAUUAAAGGUAGUCCUCGUGUUGUGGGUGAUGAUGAAGAGGACGGCAUUGAUGACCUAGAGCACGAGUUUGAUUAUGGUAUUAGUGAAGCUUUUGGCCCAACCCUACCUGCUGGGGUGAUUCAUUCUUCUAAUGAUUAUGCUGGUCAUCCCAGUUCAUCUCAAAGUUCCACAUUCACCCCUUCACUAGAAGUACCUCUCUUGACGUAUGGCGAAGUGGAUUCUGAAACCUCUUCUGAUCAGCAUGCUCUUAUAGUACCUUCUACUAAUGGUGAUCCAUCUGCUUCUUUGCAAUGUAGGCCAAUGGUCCCAGAGAAGGAUGCUGCAUUGUACGGCUAUGGAAGUGUGGCAUGGAAGGACCGCAUGGAAGAGUGGAAGAAAAAGCAGGGUGACAAGCUUCUGGCCAUCAAACAUCAUGGGAAUGGCGAUGGUGGUGGUUAUGAUGGAAAUGCACUUGAUGAUACUGACUUACCUAUGAUGGAUGAAGGAAGGCAGCCACUGUCCAGAAAGUUACCCAUUGCUUCAAGCAAAAUAAGCCCAUACAGGAUUCUAAUUAUUAUGCGCCUCAUUAUUCUAGGCUUCUUUUUCCAUUAUAGGGUUCUUCAUCCAGUUUCUGAUGCAUAUGGCCUAUGGUUGACAUCAGUUAUUUGCGAGAUAUGGUUUGCAGUAUCAUGGGUUCUCGAUCAAUUCCCAAAAUGGUACCCUAUUGUGCGAGAAACAUACCUUGAUCGACUAUCACUUAGGUAUGAGAAAGAAGGAAGGCCAUCUGAACUGGCCCCUGUCGACAUUUUUGUCAGCACAGUUGAUCCCAUGAAAGAGCCUCCGUUAAUCACUGCAAAUACUGUCCUAUCCAUUCUGGCAGUGGACUAUCCGGUUGACAAAGUGUCGUGCUAUGUGUCAGAUGAUGGUGCUGCCAUGCUUACAUUUGAAGCCCUUUCUGAGACAUCUGAAUUUGCUAGGAAAUGGGUCCCCUUCUGCAAAAAAUAUAAUAUUGAACCACGAGCUCCAGAAUGGUAUUUUUCCCAGAAAAUGGACUAUCUGAAAAAUAAAGUUAAUCCCGCCUUUGUCAAGGAGCGACGCGCAAUGAAGAGAGAAUAUGAAGAAUUUAAAGUUCGGAUAAAUGGUUUGGUUGCAAUGGCACAAAAAGUUCCUGAAGAUGGUUGGACGAUGCAGGAUGGCACUCCUUGGCCUGGAAACGAUGUCAGAGACCAUCCCGGUAUGAUCCAGGUAUUUCUUGGCGAAGAUGGUGUUCGAGAUAUUGCAGGAAAUGAGUUACCUCGAUUGGUUUAUGUUUCUCGUGAAAAGAGACCCGGGUUCAAUCACCAUAAAAAAGCAGGAGCCAUGAAUGCUUUGGUGCGAGUUUCCGCGGUCAUCUCAAAUGCUCCUUACCUUCUGAACGUUGAUUGCGAUCACUAUAUCAACAAUAGCAAGGCAUUGAGGGAAGCUAUGUGUUUCUUUAUGGAUCCCACUUCAGGAAAGAAAAUCUGCUAUGUGCAGUUUCCGCAAAGGUUUGAUGGGAUUGAUCGUCAUGACAGAUACUCAAACAGAAAUGUUGUAUUCUUUGAUAUUAACAUGAAAGGUUUAGACGGUUUACAAGGACCCAUAUAUGUUGGAACUGGGUGUGUAUUCAGCCGGCAAGCCCUUUAUGGAUAUGAUGCCCCGGCAAAGAAAAAGAAAGCCAAUAAGACUUGCAAUUGUUGGCCAAAAUUGUUCUGCUGCUGCUGUUGUGGACCCCGAAAGAACAGUAAAGGAAAAACCAAGAAAGAGAGGAAAAAGAAGCCAAAACACAGGGAUACAUCGAAGCAAGUCUAUGCACUUGAAACCAUUGAAGAAGGAAUUGAAGAGAUGAAUGCUGAUCCCUCUCGGGCUAUACAAACAAAGCUGGAGAAGAAGUUUGGGCAAUCUCCUGUUUUUAUAGCCUCGACACUUGUAGAAACGGGAGGUGUUCCAAAGGAUGCUGGGACCGCAUCUCUAUUAAAAGAAGCCAUCCAUGUAAUUAGCUGCGGGUACGAGGAUAAAAGUGAAUGGGGAAAGGAGGUUGGCUGGAUAUAUGGAUCUGUUACAGAAGAUAUAUUGACAGGGUUCAAGAUGCAUUGUCAUGGUUGGCGGUCUGUGUACUGCAUUCCUAAGAGACCCGCAUUCAAGGGUUCUGCUCCCAUCAAUCUCUCGGACCGUCUCCACCAGGUUCUCAGGUGGGCUCUGGGAUCCGUUGAGAUUUUUAUGAGCAAGCAUUGCCCCAUUUGGUACGGCUAUGGGGGUGGCUUGAAGGGAUUGGAAAGGCUUUCCUACAUUAACUCGGUUAUAUAUCCUUUCACCUCCAUUCCCUUGCUUGUGUACUGCUCCUUACCUGCUAUCUGCCUCCUGACCGGGAAAUUUAUCGUUCCUGAGAUAAGUAACUACGCCAGCAUUGUUUUCAUGGCUAUGUUCAUCUCCAUUGCUGCCACUGGUAUCCUUGAAAUGCAAUGGGGAGGCGUUGGAAUAGAUGAUUGGUGGAGAAACGAGCAGUUCUGGGUUAUUGGAGGCGUUUCCUCGCACCUUUUUGCUCUCUUCCAAGGUCUACUCAAGGUUUUGGCUGGCGUUGACACAAAUUUCACCGUCACAUCAAAAGGAGGCGACGAUGGGGAGUAUUCUGAGCUCUACCUCUUUAAGUGGACAUCACUGCUAAUACCCCCAACCACGUUACUUGUAAUAAACGUAAUUGGGGUUGUGGUAGGUAUCUCGAAUGCCAUCAACAACGGCUAUGAUUCCUGGGGUCCAUUGUUUGGCAGACUAUUCUUCGCCUUCUGGGUCAUCGUCCAUCUCUAUCCGUUCCUCAAAGGUUUGAUGGGAAAGCAAGACAGGACUCCAACCAUUGUUAUCGUAUGGUCAAUACUGCUGGCUUCAAUAUUGACGCUGCUGUGGGUAAGAGUGAAUCCAUUCGUGUCGAGAGAUGGCCCUGUUCUGGAAAUCUGCGGAUUGAAUUGUGACGGAUGAUGAAACCCAAAAAACUUUUUAACUUUUGUUGUUGCUCUCAAAGAGAUGUACCCAAUGCAGAAUAAGUAGAGUUGGGGAUGUGUAGAUAAGGCAGUGGGAGUUCACAGAUUCAUAUUUUUCUAAAGGUUAUUCCAUUUAUUCUUUAUGUUGAAAUGCCAGUCUGGAAGGUUUUGUUACUUCUUUGGAGUGUUUGUAUUUGAGAGAGAAUGGUAAAGGGUUUAUAGUAUUAGCUUAAAUUUAUGCCCAAUAUUUUAAGGUUUUGAAAUGUACAUUUUUCCCUAUAAGAGUUUCAUUUUUUUUUUU